AUGUCUCACACUCUACCUGCUCUCCCCUACGCCUACGAUGCGUUGGAACCCGUCAUCUCCAAGCAGAUAAUGGAGUUGCACCAUCAGAAGCACCACCAGGCAUACGUCAACAACCUGAACGCAGCACUCUCCGCUCAAGCCUCGGCAGCUUCAGCAGAUGAUGUCCCAACCCUGAUCGCAUUGCAACAGAAACUCCGCUUCAACGGCGGCGGCCACAUUAACCACUCCCUGUUCUGGAAGAACUUGACUCCCCCCGGCACUCCUGGGAAUGACCUCGGUGGUGCUCCUGCUCUGAGCGAAGCCAUCGCCUCCCGCUGGGGCUCGCAUGAAGCGUUUGUUAAGGCUUUUGGUGCGGAGCUGCUCGGUCUUCAGGGGAGUGGAUGGGGAUGGCUUGUGAGUAAGGGUGGUGCCAAGGGUCAACUUGAGAUUGUUACGACUAAGGAUCAGGAUCCUAUUAAUGCUCCUGAUGUGCCUGUCUUUGGUGUCGAUAUGUGGGAGCAUGCCUACUAUCUCCAGUACUUGAACAACAAGGCUGGCUAUGUUGAGGGUAUUUGGAAGAUUAUUCACUGGGCUGAGGCAGAGAAGCGAUACAAUGCUGGUGUGGAGAACCUGCUGAAGCUUUGA